UACAAGUCCCAUACAUCGCAUGGUGACAUUGCUCCUAUUGAUGGGAGAGGGGACUGCUUUCAGCAAUAUUCUUCUUUAUCCAGUCCUCCGUUAGUGCGAUAACAACUCUUUUUUGUGGCGCCCUGAGACUUUAUAUUUGCUAGUUUUUCAGUCCGAUAGGUUUGCUUUCUUUUCUUAUCAGGCUCUCGCAGGGGUUAGAAACUAUUAGCGCCGCGGUAAGCUCGGCUCAGCUGGUCGGGUAAGGUAGAGCUUGUUAGCUGGUUUACAUUAGCCAGCAGCUACCAAUAGAUUUACGGCUUAUAUCCGUGCUUGUCCUGUCAGGUAGAUCGACGAAAGCCCGAGGCGCUCUUCAGCCAAAAUGUUUCUGUCAGUUCAUCGAUUUCUAAGUUUUGACACUGGUAAAUAAUCCCCUUAAAUUUGGAGACUAAUCUCCUAAACCUUUGUUUGGCUUGUGCGCAGCCCGGCUGGUGUGGCCUGUUUUCAUUGUCUCUGCACGUCGGAAACACUUAAGUUGUUUUUCAGGAGGUUGCUCGUGCUGUGUUAAUUCGUGAGGUUAAUUUAGCCGAGUUCCGGUGAACAAAAGCGUCCGCUCUCGACCCCAGAUCUUCUUGAAGGCUUCGUGGUUCAGAAUGGCGCAACACGACUCGUCUCAUGUCGCCAGUUCACAGAAAGCACUCAUGUUGGAAAUGAAGAGCCUUCAGGAGCAGCCUGUCGAGGGAUUCAAAAUAACACUGGUGGACGAGGCUGACAUGUACAACUGGGAAGUGGCCAUUUUCGGACCCCCAAACACUCACUAUGAAGGGGGCUAUUUUAAGGUAAGGGCAGGAUAGACUAAGACACAGCUUUAUUGUCCACAACAGGGGUUAAAUAUUGUUUCUUUAGUAGUUAAAAUCACACGUACAGGUAGCAUUGUAACAACUCGGACGAUUGUACACCAUCAAAAAGGAAACCACUUCAGGAGCUGCUUGGAAAUAUGACCCAUGGUUCACAUGAUAAGUUAUCAUUAAUGUAUUGAGCAGCCAAGACUGUCGUCUAAAGUGUAGUCUCUUUGCUCUACAAUGAUCAGUCAUAACAUUAUGAACACCUGAGUCUAAUACAACAACUUCAACAAAUUCUAAUGUCAGGAGGAAGCUCAUAAAUUUUAGUCUUGUUGACACGAUCAGACAGGUGAUUAUUGUAAUGUUUACUGCUAAAGACCAAGUAGGUGGUUAAGUGUGGGAAGGUGUUGCUGCUGCGAACAAGACGGGAGCAUAAUAUUUUGUGCAUUUUUUAAUAUAAUAAAUACAACAACAUUAGCCACGAUUUGGAAAAUAGUUUAAAGAUUAAGAAAAACUUCCACCAACUUCCAACAAAAAAUAGAAACGAAGAAGCCUUUAAAAGUGGAAUUCAUGGUGGAGCUGUUCCAUGGGGAUGCAUUAGGUCCCCCUAGUUAGUGUAGUCACAUACAUGAUGUUACUAAAGACCCCUAACUAGGUCUAUGGCUGUUAAUUAGUUUGGUGGCAGAUGACAGUACAAAGAGGUAUUGUGUUACAGAUAGCCAGAUUCAGGGUGUGGAGUUACUUGUAAGCUACCAUUAUUUUUAAUGACACAGACAACGAGCCGUUUUAUUAACUACUGGAAACAACUCGCAGAACUACUUGUGUAACCAAAAUGCACAUCAUAUGGAUCUGCAAAUAAAGCACCACACCAGGGCAAUGCCAUAGUUUUGCUGUUUAACUUACUGCUUAGUUAAGCCUUUAAAAUUUCAUUAUUUUUCAUACAGCCUGAGUGAAAGCAGGUUUUUUGUUGUCACAUGUAAGACACUGUGAAAGCGGCUGUUCUCAAUAUGUGUAUCUGCCUGAGGGUCAUCAUGAUAAGAGUUGGUUCAGUAAUGUGCUAAUUCUAGGGGUGGACCACUUAUCGGCCUUAUCAGGGCUGUUAUUGGUAGUUUGCAGAUUAUCUGUACCUGCCUUUAUAUUUCACAGAUGGCCCAUAAAACAAGUAAUUAAAAAGAGCACUUUUCAAGAGUGUGACAGAACUGUACUGUAAGUGGUUAACUGUUAACUCCUGGACAUGGGUAUGAUGUUAAAUAUUUCAGUAUAUUUAUGAGACUUUUUAAACGUAGCAAGCAAAGUUUCAUCUUGGGGUCUGUAAUACUCCAGAUUCAGAUGGUGUCAUGAAAUACUAACAGUCUGUAUCAGUAGUAUCAGCUCCAAAAAAAAAAACACUAACAGGUGACAUUUUUUCACUUUUUUCACUUUGGAGAAAAAUGCAAACAUACCAGUGCAUCUUAAAGACUAGAAUUACAUGUAGAAAAUAUAUAUUUUUUUUCAUUAUGAAAAGGUUACUCAAACUUAGAUGUUCUCAUAUUUUGAGAUACAUAUGUUUUGGAUUAAGUUUUAGAACAUUAUUUUGAGAAUUGAAAUGAAAAAAAAAAAUGCUUGAAACAUUUAAUUGAGCAGAGUAGAAUAUAAGAAAUUCUCACUUUCUUACACAAUCGAUUGAAACUAAAGAACCUGUUCUUGACAUUUCAGGUAUUUGAGAAGCAGUAGUAUCUUCAAAUAUCGUCAAAAUCAGAUCAAACAUCAUGCACUUAUUACCCACAAUUCAUCAACAACGUUUGAUUUUUAAUUGUAUCCACUUGUCUGAUGUCAUGCAGGCUUUUUUCUUGCGUAACAUGUUAAGAUGUAUUUUGUUUCCCAGGCUCGGAUCAAGUUUCCUAUUGACUACCCUUACUCCCCACCUGCCUUUCGGUUCCUCACCAAGAUGUGGCACCCAAACAUCUAUGAGGUGAAACACACACACCCGGUCUCUGUCUGAAUAUGUAAUAAAUGUAACACUUUUUAUGCUCCUAUCACUGUGUUUGAGUUGAUAUGUCUAUUACAGGAUAUAUUCUCUGUGUCAUAUUAAAAGGGUUUGCAUGUUUUUCUCUGUUAUCAGAAUGGAGAUGUUUGUAUCUCUAUACUGCACCCUCCAGUAGACGACCCGCAGAGUGGAGAGCUUCCUUCAGAGAGAUGGAAUCCCACCCAGAAUGUCCGGUGAGUUAGCCCCCCUCUCCCGUUACGCUCUUUAUUACUGUUUAUCUCCCAUCUUUGUCUUUUUUCAGCUACACAACCACAGCGGCUCUUACUCUGAUCACAUGACAUAAUUCUUCAGAUGUUCCCAGUACAUAAAAUUCAUAUCUUGCUGUUCUCGGCACGACAUGUGUGAGGUGAUCUGUUUUUGACCAGUAGUUUUAUAAGCUGUCUUUUUUAUAUGUUGGCUCGUUGUGUAAUAUUUGUACACCAACACAAUGUGUAGGCAUAACCACUCAGUGUACAAAGGGGAAUAUUUCAACUCUGUUUUUUUUAACAAAUAUAUCUGAUUGGAAAGAGUCCCAGAGAACCAGUUCAUCUGAAUCAACAAAAGUGUUAAUUUAUCACUAGCAGCUUAAAGUAAUAAUAUCCCUGCUUAUUCACAAAAAAUGACACUAAAGCUUUAUUUAUGAAUAACCCACGUCCUUCAAAGGUAUAUAUAAUAUGUAUUAUCUAUGCUUUUAUUACUUCAUGCUGGAUUAACACUCACUAUGUUCACCUGUUUCAAAGUUGUCAGAGUGGAAGCCAAGCUCCAGACUACUGACUGCUUUAGUCCUCAGUCUGAGCCUUUUGACACUAGUUACCAGCUACUUUAACAGCCCGUUUAAAAAAUUUUAGUCACGAAGUAAAAAGCUUUUCAUGGCCACACACCAGAGGUACCUGACUGAUCUUUAUAAGCCCUUGUUGUCCAAAAAGGCUGUCAGAUCUGCCAGUCUAGGCCCACUAUCUGUGCCAGAGUCCAGGUUAAAGAUAGAGGUUGUCUAUUAAUGUACAAGCACCACAGCCGGAGAACAGUCUACCAAUAAGUACUCAAUCUGCUGACCCAGUUUUUGCUGUUGAAGCUUCCCUAAUGAUGCAUUUUUACUGACCAUCCUCUUUGCCUAAAAAAACUUUGAGUUGCUUUUGAAUAAUUCACGUAAUUUUUCUGGUUUUGAGGUUUUUAACGAUUUAUUAAAUGAAUUUUGUUUUUCUUAUAUUUUCCUGUGUAUGUUUGUCACUCUUUGUAGCUGAUUCUUUUGGGCUGUCUCUUCAGAACAGUCAUGCUACUUGCCCUACAGACGCUGUACGAAUUAUAUCAUUUUAGUCAUAUUCCCAUUAUUAAAAUGAUUUAAAGGGUGGCGCUUGUGUUUUUUUAGGACUAUUUUGCUGAGUGUUAUCUCACUGCUGAAUGAACCAAACACCUUCUCUCCCGCCAAUGUUGACGCCUCGGUCAUGUACCGCAAAUGGAGAGACAGCAAGGGCAAGGAUCGGGAAUACGUAGAGAUCAUCAGGUAAACAGCCGCACCUUCUUAUUACUCGCAACUGAGCUCUUUAUAGGAGAGAAGAUCAGACCAAGCUAUGAAGUGAGAGUCUUAGCUGAUCAUUUCUACUCUUUAAAACCAGGAAACAGGUAUUAGCCACCAAGGCAGAAGCUGAGCGCGACGGAGUAAAGGUGCCCACCACACUGGCCGAGUACUGUGUCCGCACGCGUGCCCCGGCCCCUGAUGAAGGCUCCGACCUCUUCUAUGACUAUUACUAUGACAACGAUGAUGUGGAGGAUGAGGACGGCGACUGCUGCUACGAUGAGGAUGACUCUGGAAACGAGGAAUCAUGACAAGCUUUUCAGCGUCAUCCCCUAAUCUAGUUGACACAGUGCUACCCCUUUUUCUUCUGGUUUCCAGAAAUUCAAGGUUGACGAGUGAGAACGACUCAAGGCUUUCCCAAUUCUAAACUCAUGAAAAGAGGUGUUUUUUUUUUUUUUUUCCCAGAGCCUUUAAAGACUUUUUCUGAGGCAGAAAUCGAUGCAACAUUGCAGAAGGGUCAGAUAAGGUAACAUAUGCACCAGCACAAGAGUCUCUAGUUUCUUUAACUUUCCAAACAGUUUUCAUCAUCUUCUCAAAAUUUAUGUUACAAAAUUAACGUGGACUUUCAGUUGCUCUGUCCCCUCCAUUCUCUCUGGUGUUGUGAAGUUAAUACUACUGUUAACAUUAGCAACAUUUGCUCUGGUGCAAACACAUUCAACCUUAGCUCAGUGUUUCUUUCAAACCUCUUUUCCCCCCUAAUUGUAACUGUGUGUUGGUCUCUGUGGCCGACAGAAGCUUGAGGACUUUACCCAGCCUGCUUGUGUUGAACUGCCAGUGGGUUGAACCAGACACUUACUGUGUUGCUUCAUCGGGACAAAAUGUCACAGGACGAUGUUUUAAAAGUUCUUGUGCAUGCCAGAACAUCAUCGGAAGCUUUUUGUCUCUCUUACUGGUGGACUCUUUACCGUCUUCAUGAUCUGGUUAAGAGAGACUUCUGUGAUCAGAGAUCCCAGAGAACUUUAAAAGUGAAGGAUCUUCUGACAUGCUGAGUCAGUGGGUCAAAUCCUCAUGUGGACACUUUUUGGUAACAUGAAAUUGAUCUUUGCUGUUCUUUCUGGUUACUGUUGGGUGUGUUUCUCUGUAUUUUUGAGUGUGGGGUUGUGUUAUUUGAAGUAGCUCAGAUAUAAGAGUCGUGUAGGAUGAACAAGUUUUUUUCUGGAGGGUGGGGUGGAGGCAAAACUAAUUAUCGACCAGAUUCUCUUCAGGUUUUCUCUCGGAGAGGCCUGACGGAGCCAAAGACCUGACGUCGUGUAAAACAAAAACCCCAAAACAUUUUUGACUUUUCGUUGUAACCCUGUCUUUGUUUGCUCUCUUGCGGCUUUAUUUUAGUCUCUUCCUUUGGUUUGACAUUAUGCCUGCAUUCUUUGCUUGAGAAGGAUUUUAUGUGACAAGAUCAUUAGGUUUGAUUCACCCAAAAGCUUGUGUAGAAAAAGUGUCUGUCAGAGGUAUUGGUAAGGAUUAUCAAUGUUUUGGGUCAAUGGGGAUCUGAGAAGGGUUUCAAUUUGGUUUUUAGAGUGCAUGUGUGUCCUCUUUUGUGUGUGCAUCAGCAAUAUUGAUUGUUUCAUUUACAGAAAUUGGGACUUCAUACUGAAUUUCUCAGGAGUAUUAAUUACAUGUGACAAAACAAUUAUGACAAACAACUCUUUUCCUCUUUAAGGUAGUCUGUAGAGUUGGUUUACAGCUUUAACAGGAACCAUAACUGAUAUGCACAUGUAGCUGUAUGGAUGAUCACAGUUUUGUUCUCUUCACCUGUCUUUUUAUUUUUUAAUUUCUGGCUAUUUAAAAAGGAAAAAUAAAGAUUUAUUGGGAAAAGAGUAAGUGCUUGAAGAAAA